UGCGCUAAAAUGGGCACAAACGUGGAAAGUAACGAGGUGGAUAGCGCCAAACAAGCGCUGAUGGGUGCGCUGGGCGACAAGUGGACCAUGUACCUAACCAACAUGAAGCUAUGGUUUCGCAAGAAACACUCCAAGGAAGAGUUUGAUCUCGAGUGCCGGAAGCUGUUUAGCACGAACCAGCUCCACCUGCACAACCGCUUUCUGUUGGCCAUGCUGAACAAAAUCGAUGCCGUAUCGGUACCGCAAUCGACCACGGUCCAUUUCGACGGCACACCGAUCGGUUCGAGGACUGGUACGUACGGCACGAUCGGUGAUGGUACGAGCUACAGCUGUCUCGACUCGAUGCAGCAACACGAUGGACGCAGCAGCAAGAAACGGAAACGUUCCUCCAAAUCAUCAUCGGAUCGUUCCACCUUUGAGCCAAUGUCACCGUAUGAUUAUAUACCGCGCGAACCGGCGACCCCGGACCAGGACCAUUCUUCCUCGUCACUGUGCGGAAUGGGCACGCAUCCGACGUUGCGGUAUGCCGCACAGGAAUUGUUUCUACCCGAUAAUGGACUGGUAUUGGGCCGGUUGCUCGUAGGAGCCUGGGAGCAUGGACUUGCAAGUGCGGAUGACGGAGCGGUUGAGCUGAUCGUCAGUUCGGUGCAAGUGUUGCUGAAAAACAUUCUGUCGGCUGUUAUUAUGAAUCGGAAGCAUUACCGGGUGACAGCGAAUGGGACGUAUUACUACGAUGUGGGCCACGGGAUGAAUCAAACGAUGGUACGAAACACAGUAACGAAGAGCAAAAUUGACGAUGAACCGAUGGAGCUGGACAGGGAGAUCAUAAGCUAUGUGAAAACGUCUCCUACGGAUUCUACGUUUCUGGCAAGCUGCGAGCAAUUAUAUCCUACCGUGAGUCGAAAAAUCAAUGCCUACGAGCUGUACCGAGCGCUGCAAGAUCGGAACCUUAUUUCAUCACAUUCGGUGUAUUCGACGAACAUUGAACGAAUUUCAAGCCAACUGUCGUAG